UUUUGCCAGCAUUCAGCAAUCAUUCUGCCAUUGUGAAGGAGGCGUUUUCGCUGAUUUCUUUUGCGCUGCGCAAUUUAUUCGCGAGAAUCAACGGCCCGACCGUGUUUUUGUUUCAACGUUUAGUAAAGGCUUAACUACGUUUUAUCAAGAUGACCAAGUUGAUACAACAGUUAAAUUUUAGUAGUAGUAAUUACUACGAUGUCGCUGGCAUUGUCUUCGAACCCGAGACUUUGAAAGCGAAGACUUAUCAUGGCGAUGGCGCGUCCCUGAACGCGGCCGGUAGCAAGCGCACAGCUUUGUCGGCGUCGGACGCCGAGUGUUUUUCGCUGUGCCUGGGCGCCGGGCCUCUGUGGUGGUCCGAUGUCCCUGCUCAUGGCUCGGCACCGCCCGGAGGGGUGAGCAGCGGGGCUUCGAGCCCCGCAACACCGUCCACCCCCAUCCACGACGACAACAACCGUGACUUGUUGAGCGCCCUUCUUUGGGCAAGCGCAAGCUCCCUGAGCAGCAGCGCGGAGAGUCUAUCCACUGACUCUGUGCAGACCAACCCCGCACUACACCCCGAGCAAAGAGAAGCGGUCAUCGGUAAGAUCUUGGAACGCAAGGACAAGCAACCGGUUAAGAUCGAGUUUAAGAUCUUCCUCACAGAGAAUACUGUUACUCGCUGGGAAGCAGUAGUGAAGGGCGGUACCAUCUAUCUCCGCUUACCGGGAGUGUUACAGUCCGGCAGCAAGGAGAGUUUCAUUCUCUUGCUGGAUUUCGCUGAAGAACGACUCGGUUGUUCAAAUUGUAUCAUUUGCAUUCUGAAAAACCGUUCGGACCGAGCCACGCUACUCCGCACGUUCAUGUUCAUGGGAUUCCAACUUUUACCACCAACUUCGCCGCUGAUGCAAGAUAUCAACAACCCGGAAUACGUAUUCUUGCACUACAACAUGCAGUAACUGUCCUUGGUGUUGCCAGGUAAUAUUGUCCUACCAUACUAGUAGAAAAUAUAGACACUUGAAAAAAAAAAUGAUAUUCGACACUCUUUCGUUUUUCAACUAGCGGUAGUUUUUCGGUGUUGCCAAGGACGGUUUUCGACAGCUUCGUUAUAAUUAAAAGAAAAAUAUAUAUAUAAGUAUAAUUUUUCGUCAUUUUUCUAGUAGAUGUAGUUGAGAAGUUUAAAUUAAAGCUGUCAUUUUACAGUAUUCGAAGCACUUUCUCGUUUAAAAUCACAUCGGGCUUGCAUAGUGGUAACGUUAAGGCGCCAACAAGUCUAGUAUUUAGGUAUUUAGUAUAUUCUUAUAUUACUAUGAUUAAAUUAGGUAACUUGUGUUUCGUUUGAUUUCUUCGACUAGAUUAUUGUUUGUAGCAACACUUAGAACUGUCAAUCGUUUUUUUGUCGUUAAGGGAGUCAAAGGAAAUGUUAGUUGGUAGUUUAUUUUUCUACUAUAGCAGAUUUGAAUGAAAAACUAUCGAGUUUUAGUUCAAAACUGAAAUGAUAGAAUUUAUUUCUUUGUUAAUUAUACUAAUGGAUAUAUAUGUCGUCGUGUUUAUUCACCCACUCCGGGGGUAGAGCGAGAAAAAAAAACUAAAAAAAAAAUUAAAAAAAAUAUAAAAAUCUUAAAAAAAAAAAUGUUUGUAAUAUAUACAGCUCCAAUCCAGAUAUUAUUAGACACAGAUGUUUUUGUACAUGCGUCUAUGAAUGAAUUUUUAACUUUUUUUCAAAAUAUUAGCUACAUUCAGAGUAGCCUUUAAAGACGCCGUGUGCACAUUUAUAAAUCACAUCCACUUUUAAAAAAAAAAAAUCACUUUUGGACGAAAUAUUAAAGCCGAUUACACACGAGGAACCCAUCUAUGUCGAUGGAAGUUUCUUCUGUGUAACCAGCCUUAAUCGAUUGCAUACACAUUUAAAAUAAUUAGUAUUUAAGAGAUUUUGUGUUUCUUUUUUUCUUUUAUUACAUAUUAUUAUAUAAUUGUAUUACUUAUAACAUUUAUCGCUUUAUGUUAUAUCUUUAAAAUAUAUCCCAUUUAAAUUUAUAGAAAAACUUUUUCAUUAUUACCUGGUUUAAAAAAAAAAAAAAAAAACGAACUAAAUUAUUCAUCCACGUGUGAAUCUUAAUAUAUUUGAUAAACAAACAUAUUUCAGUAUUAACAAAAAUAAAUAUAUUUAAAUUCAUAACAUAAAGUGAGCAUGUGAGCAGUUUGUUCGUUCGAGCUUACUGGCUCAUGUGUUUUUUUUCAUACAGCGGUCUCCAAACAGUAUUUGGUUCGACAAAGUAUUACUUCAGUUGGGGCCCUGUCUGUAGUUUAGUUAUAAGUUUAUGUAAUAAUGGACGAAUAAUUAAAAAUAAUCUUUAAUCA